CAGGACGCCUGCGCACGCGGACCCGCCGAUGGUCGCAACCCCCGUCGCGCGGAUCGCGCCCAGCGAGGGGCUCCGAGACGAGCUCCGGCGAAGUUGCGAGCGCCGAUGGACAAUCUGGCGUGCGAGAGCGCAGCAUUGCCUGCAGCAGCGGGGACGCGGGCCGUGGACGUCUUCUUCGGCGGCGCCGAGGCCGGGGCGGCCAGGGCCCGGGGCCUGGCGCUGGCCCGGGGCGAGGACGUCCUCUGCGACCUCGCGGCGGGCGACCGCGGCCCCGGGGGCGCUGCCGCCUGCGGCGGGCGGCGGCUGGUGGCCUGCGUGCUGCGGCCCGCGGCCCCCGCGGCGCCGGGCGACGCCGCGGAGGGCGGCGCCGAGGCGGCCGCCGCGGCCGCCCUGGAGCGGGUCGCGGCCGCGGUGUCGGCGGAGAUCGCGCCGCGCCUCGCGCGCGCGGGCGAGUGCUGGCCCGCCGCGGCCGAGCUGGUCCGGGCGCUGCGCGGCGCCUGGGAGGCGCACGCGGCGGCGGGAAGGGGCCGGCUGGAGGCGCUGGUGCAGGGCGCCUGCUUCGAGGCCGUGCAGGGCUUCGGCCGCACAGCGCUGCUGGAGCCCCACGGGAGCGACCACGAGGCGGCCGCCUUCGGCGAGAGGGCCGCCGAGUGGCUGGACGAGCUGCUUGGCGGCCCCUGGUGCUGGUCGCCCCACCAGCGCCGGUGCCUGGCGGAGAUGCGGGGCCUGGCCUCCACGAUCCACGCGGGCCGCGGGGGUGCGCCGCCCGCGCCCGAGCGCGCGCGGUCGCAGAGCCCCGAGGGGGUGGCCGGGGUCUCUGCGUCGAGGGUGGACGCGGUGAUAGCGCGGCGGACCGGGCGGUUCGUGCUGGUCCUGGAGGGGGUCCGGAACUCCUCGAACCAGCAGAUGAUCUUCCGGACCUGCGAGGCCCUGGGCAUCCAGGAGCUCUGGCUCGUGCCCCCGCCGCCGGGCGCCAGGUACAAGGCCGCCCUGGGCGUGCGCUCCCGGCACGCCUCGCGGGGCGCCGAGAGGUUCCUCACCGUGCGCCGCGUGGGCUCGCCGGCGGACGUCGCCGCGGCCUGCCAGGAGGAGGGCCGGGAGUUGUGGGUCUCCUAUUGCCCGCCGGGCGGCACCGAGGAGCCGUGUCGUCAGCAGCGUCAGGCGGAGCGCCGCGCGGGCGGCGCGCCGUGCGUGCCGCUGGCGCGCGGGUGGGUGCCGCAGCCGCUCCCGCGGCUGGCGCUGGUGCUCGGGUCGGAGGGCGACGGGGUGUCGGAGGACCCCCAGAGAUGCUUGGGCUGGCCUCCCGGGCGGUGUUCGUCCCCACGUUCGGCUUCGUGCAGUCCCUGAACGUGGCCGUGGCCUGCGGGCUGCUGCUGCAGCGGCUCUUCGACCUGUGCCCGGAGUCCCGCGGCGACCUCUCUGGGCCAGCGCGGACCGCAGCGCGGAAGCGGGCGCUGGAGGCGUGCGCCGGCUCCAGGCGCGCUGUUUCCUGCAGGCUCUCCGCCGGCGGAGUGGCCGCCGGGGCCGACGGCGAGGGCGCCGGGGCCGGCUCGGAGGGCGAGGGCGGCGGCGGCAG